AGUACUAGCAUUAGUGUACACCAAGCUGAACAGGUUUUCACGAAGUUUGACGUUUCAAGACAUUUUCACAACAGCCGUCAAGUUGUUUCGUUCUUCGUAGCAUCGUCCAAGUUGGGUGCAGUUUUUCACGGAGAAAAUCAAGAAAAGUAACAUGCCGGAAGCACCAGCACGUAAUCCUUUGGAGAGCUUCACCAAUGCAGUUGGUGCUAUGAUCGAUGGUCCGGUUACAUGGUUCCGUGAAUCUGUCGUCGAACCAAACCGCAAAACCUACCCAUGGUACCACCAGAAGUUCCGCCGUGUUCCCACCAUCGACCAGUGCCACACCGAUGAUGCCGUGUGUUUCUUCGAAGCCAACAAUCAGUUCAAGCGCGACAAAAUGGUUGACAACGAGAUCUUGAACAUUCUUCGCCAGCGUUUUGAGGACUGUGUCAUGUAUGAACAGCCGGACCAUGAACGCAAAUGCCGACCACUGUUGGAUCAGUAUGAAAAGGCUGCCGAGAAUUGGUUCAUUAAAUACGGUGAUCUGGGAGGUUAUGCCAACGCCAAAACUGCCUACAUGAAGCAGAAGCAUCGCAUGGUGUGGGAAAGACGCCACGGACCGGUCGGUUCCGGAAUGAAGCAAUCCGAUGAUGCUGCCCCCGAACACUAAACCGAAUAGGUUCGAGAAUGUUACGAAAGAAAGGGCUUGUCGCAGUAGUUGCAGAAAUUGGUUAUUUCUUAUGAAAUUGUGUAAAUAUAAGAACAACUGGAAAAGAA